AUGGCGGCCGCCUCGAGAGGCCUCCUCACGCGCCUCCGCCACCUCUCCCUCACCGGGCCGCGCCUCCCCCCUUGCCGCUUCUUCUCCGCAGACCCUCUCGGCGAGGCCGGGGGGCGGAUCAUUGAGGCGCGUCCUGGGGUCAUGGGCCCGGACUCGCGGCGGACCGGCGUCAUCGGCGUCAAGUGCGGCAUGUCGGCCAUGUGGGACAAGUGGGGCGCCAAGGUUCCCAUCACCGUCCUCUGGGUCGACGACAACGUCGUCUGCCAGGUCAAGACCGCAGAGAAGGAGGGCUUCUACGCGCUGCAGCUCGGAGCAGGCCAAAAGAAGGAAAAGCAUCUGACGAAGCCUGAAGUGGGCCACUAUAGAUCACAAGGAAUCCCACUGAAGAGAAAAUUGAAGGAGUUUCCUGUUACCGAGGAUGCUCUUCUUCCUGUUGGGACAGCCAUCUCGGUCCGCCAUUUUGUGCCUGGGCAGUUUGUGGAUGUCAUUGGAAUCACAAAGGGGAAAGGUUUUGCAGGUGGCAUGAAGAGACAUGGUUUUAGUGGGAUGCCUGCAUCACAUGGUGCUUCUUUAUCACAUCGCAGCAUCGGUUCUACUGGUCAAAGGGAUGCUCCUGGAAGGGUAUUUAAAAACCGGAAGAUGCCUGGGCGUAUGGGUGGUGUACAACGCACAGUGAAAAAUGUAUGGGUUUAUCAAAUUGACCCUGCCAGGAACUUGCUGUACCUGAAAGGCCAGGUUCCCGGCCCCCAAGGUAGCUUUCUUUUCGUUAAGGAUUCGAUAUACAAGAAACCCGACAGAGCUUUGCUGCCAUUCCCUACUUAUUUCUCGCAAGAAGGCGAGGAGGAAGACUCGGAGCCCCUCAUUGCCAAUCUUGGUGACAUCGACCCAUUCAUGGUAGCAGAUUAAGACGAGGGACAAAUUUAGAAGAAUGCUUUUGCUUUCAGUGCACUUCUCGACAGUCCCCACACGAUUGUUUGUUAAAUUUUGCAUUGAUAUAUGAGUAGUUCCUGGAUUACAAGAGUCAUUACUGACCUGCCAGAUCUAUGUUGUUCCAUGUACAUUACCUGGCAGAUACGCCAGGGCCCUAGCUCUGUUAGGGUUUCAAGCUGAUUGUUUGAUCGACUGAGUGGAACUCUUUUUGUUUAAUAAGUUGUGUAAGCUUAAGAUUCAGAUAGAUAUAUAAAAUCAAAAAUCUCCACUGCUGAGAUUACCAUCCUGGGCUGUCAGUUCCCUGAUGCGGUAA